UUUAUUAUUUUCUCCACUCCAAAAUAACAUAAACCUUCAUUACUCAUGUCAUGGACAUCAACCACAUACAUAAUAAUAAACUCCCCAUAAACCACAACUCCACCAUCAUCAAUUGGGAUAAAGGCCUUAACCUUUCCAUGGACAUGGAUGAUCAUCAUCAUCAUCAUCAUAAUCAUCAUCAACAACAUGUUGAUGAUCAUCAUCAACAUCAUAACCAUCAUGUUCAUCCAUUUAUACAUGAUAAUAAUCCGGUAUGGCAAACCUACCAUAAUCUUCCUACACCACACUCAUCUCAACCCUCCAUUCCAUCAUCAUCAUACAUCAUCAAACCAACACCUCUACAAGAACAAAUAAUAUUAGAGGAAGAUGAGCAUGAGUUUGAGGAAGAAGAGGAGCUAGGAGCUAUGAAAGAAAUGAUGUACCGGAUUGCGGUUAUGCAACCCGUGGAUAUUGACCCGGCAGCUAUCCGUAAGCCUAAGAGAAGGAAUGUUCGGAUCAGUAAUGACCCGCAAAGCGUGGCGGCCCGACAUAGGAGGGAACGGAUAUCCGAAAAGAUUCGGAUCCUCCAACGGUUAGUGCCCGGCGGUGUUAAAAUGGAUACUGCCUCUAUGCUUGAUGAGGCUAUUCGUUAUGUUAAGUUUCUUAAGAGGCAAAUCCGUCAACUUCAAUCCGGAUCCUACAAUCACCAACCACCACCACCACCCGUCCCCACCUUGUCGCCUUCCGAUUGGCCACCGCCUCCCUCGGCCUCAGCCUCGCUCUUUAGUCCCUACUCCAGCACCGGGAGCUCUAAAGUGGUGCUUAUUAGGGAUAAUAAUAAUAACGGUAAUCAUCAUGAGGGGAUGAUUUUUCAACACGGAGGUAAUUAAUUGAUUGAUUAGUUUAAUAUCAAAAUUGAUUUUAUAUAUAAUCCCUAGGGUAUGUAUGUACGUUGCAUUGUUGUAAUAGAUAAAAUCAUUAGCAUUAUUAUUAUUGGGAAAUAACUAUGAUGCUAUUGUCAAUAAUUAAACAAUAAGUAGGGCUAGCAUUAUAGUUAACUCAAAAUUGUUCUAUUGACAUGUACUCGUAUGUAUGUAUCUAUGUACAUGUGUAUGUAUGAGCUUAUAUGUGCGUGUUUGCAUACGUGUAUUAUUGUAUAUAUACAUGUAC